AUGUCACAAUCACACUCGGAGCUUCGCCGGCAAGGCAAGCACGAGAAGGCCCGCGCCAAGAUGAUGGAGGACUUUGACCGACAAAAAGCCGACCUGGUCAAGGAAUCGGAACGCAACCGUACCGGCUCGGAUCGCUUUGUAGGCAAGAACGACUCGAUGGAGGAUGCUCUGAAGAAAUCAACGAUUGGUCUUGUGCACUUGGAGGAUUUCCAAAAGCUUCGGUCCGAACUUGAAGAGGAGAAGAGGCGCGAGGCUGCACGGACGAACGAGAUCAAGGCGGACGAGAAGGCGGCGAAGAAGAACAAGAAGGCCAAGAAGGAACGUGCGAAGUUGUCUUUUGCGUAUGACGAUGAAGAGGAAGGUGAUGGCGGUGCUGGUCCGUCAAUACCGAAGGCCGAUCAAAACGGCAAGCGGAAAAGACGGUCGGACGACAACGCGGUCAAUGGCAACGGUCUGGAUGAUCUUGAAGAGGACCUAGUGCCUAUCACGAAGAAGACGAGUCUCAAGAACCCAAAUGUCGACACAUCCUUCCUUCCAGACAGAGACAGAGAAGAAGCAGAGCGACGCAUGCGCGAAGAAUUGCGGCAAGAAUGGCUUCAGAAACAGGAAGAGAUGAAAAAGGAGGACGUCGAAAUCACCUAUUCCUACUGGGACGGCACAGGACACCGCAAAACGGUCCUGUGCAAGAAGGGUGACACCAUCGCGCACUUUCUCGAGAAAUGUCGACAGCAAGUCUCCGAACUACGCGGCAUAUCCGUGGACAGCAUGAUGUACAUCAAGGAGGAUCUCAUCAUUCCGCACCACUACAGCUUUUACGAUUUCAUCGUCAACAAGGCGAGGGGCAAAUCAGGUCCGCUGUUCAAUUUUGACGUGCACGAUGACAUUCGUCUGGUGGCGGAUGCGAGCGUGGAGAAGGACGAGUCACAUGCGGGAAAGGUGGUGGAGAGGUCGUUUUACAAUCGCAACAAGCAUGUUUGGCCGUACAGCCGAUGGGAGGUGUACGAUCCGAAGAAGGAGUAUGGAAACUAUACGAUACACGAUCGCAAGAAGUAA